GUUCAGAAGAGUUUACGAGUUGCUGUUAAAUACUUGAAAGAGCGAACUGCCGCGACAGGAAGACAAGAUGAGGCCUCUCACCGACGUCGAGACGCAGACGCUGUUCACGAAGCUGGCCAACUACACCGGCCGCUCACUUACUCAACUAAUUGCACCGUCCGAUUCUUCCGACGACGAUAGCGACCGUCAUGUUUUUCGCCUACACGAGUCCCGAGUCUACUAUGUCCGCCUCUCCCUUGCGAAUCUAGCUACGGCCGUCGCUCGAGACAAUCUGCUUUCACUGGGCACCUGUGUGGGCAAAUUUACCAAGACGGGGAAGUUCAGACUGCACAUAACAGCCCUGGAUGUCAUUGCGCCGCAUGCACGGUAUAAGUUGUGGAUCAAGCCGAAUGGAGAGAUGCCGUUCUUGUACGGCGGCAACGUUGUGAAGGCGCAUGUGGGCAGAUGGAGUGAAGAUUGUCCUGAGCAUUCGGGCGUGGUCAUUCUGGCCAUGGAUGAUACACCUUUGGGUUUCGGCGUGACAGCCAGGUCGACAGCGGAAGCGAGGAAGUUGGACCCUACGACAGUAGUGGCUUUUCGACAGGGCGAUGUGGGAGAGUAUCUAAGAGAGGAGGACAGUCUUUUCACGACCUGAGUGUUCAAUGGCCCCACACAAAAAUGUUUGUCGGCAGACGACAUAGAGGGCAGACUCCGCCUAGGGGCAGAAAGUUGCAGAACGCCCAGAGAUCUCGAUGGAUCAAAUACCAGCUGACGACUUCACUUGGCCCGUUGCAGAAGAGACAAGGAGGGCACCAUGCUGAGUGUACGACUGGAUCACUCAGCGGACGGACGUCCUCAGGCCUGGUCAGUCAGUAGGCAGUACCAGUCUGGACACUCCGUGCCCAGGGACAUCUUUCAUCUGGAUUCGACCCUCACUGCUUGGCUUUCCAACUUCGCAUAACAGCCACUGGGAGGUGGUCUUCAAGCGUGGCCAAUUCCUGGAGAUCCUUACCAAGCUCAAAGAGGGGCAAAGUGGAGGCAAAGGCGAACGUGAACGGUGUUGACAGCAUUGUUGUAGAAGACGAAGUCUGCAUGGACGGUCUGGUUCGACUCCCGAGCGUAUGCCAGAACGUGGCCCGCGGUCAGACUCGCGGUGCGAGGUGAGGGCAUGCCUUUACUUCGGAUGCUAAGGUAUGCGACGCACAAGAGAACCGAGUGCGGCAGUAGCAGAAAGUGCUUUAAAGUUGGUAGAGAUACCAGUGAAUGAAAAUAAAAGGACCUGCCAUAG